GAUAAUGUAGUCUAUUGAUCCUAUUCCCCACGGAUGAUAAGUCCGUUAAGCAUCGAUUUGGGCCAAUUUAUUUUCGGAUGGCAUUUUCGUAAUUUCUUGGGCGACAAAAGGCCAUUUUCUAUGGAUAUUGAAGGCAACAGAUCACGGAUUCGGCCUGAGGCUAUUCUCCAACGAUGAUUGAGUCCAUUAAGCACCGAUUUGGGCGGAUUUAUUCCGGGUCAAUUUUUGGCAGAUUCCCAAGGGGUACCAUCACAGAAUUCGGGCGAUUUAUCCGAAAUGCCAUUUUCUUUCGAUUCUGGAGGCUACUGAUCACGGAAUCAGGCGGAGGCUAUUCUCCACCGAUAAUGAAGUCUAUUGAUCCUAUUCCCCACGGAUGAUAAGUCCGUUAAGCAUCGAUUUGGGCCAAUUUAUUUUCGGAUGGCAUUUUCGUAAUUUCUUGGGCGACGAAAGGCCAUUUUCUAUGGAUAUUCAAGGCAACAGAUCACGGAUUCGGCCUGAGGCUAUUCUCCAACGAUGAUUGAGUCCAUUAAGCACCGAUUUGGGCGGAUUUAUUCUGGGUCAAUUUUUGGCAGAUUCCAAAGGGGUACCAUCAUAGAUUUCGGGCGAUUUAUCCGAAAUGCCAUUUUCUUUCGAUUCUGGAGGUUACAGAUCACGGAAUCUGGCAGAGGCUAUUCUCCACCUAUAAUGAUAGUCUAUUGAUCCUAUUCUCCACGGAUGAUAAGUCCGUUAAGCAUCGAUUUGGGCCAAUUUAUUUUCGGAUGGCAUUUUCGUAAUUUCUUGGGCGACGAAAAGCCAUUUUCUUUGGAUAUUGAAGGCUACAGAUCACGGAUUCGGCCUGAGGCUAUUCUCCAACGAUGAUUGAGUCCAUUAAGCUCCGAUUUGGGCGGAUUUAUUCCGGUUCAAUUUUUGGCAGAUUCCAAAGGGAUACCAUCACAGAUUUCGGGCGAUUUAUCCGAAAUGCCAUUUUCUUUCGAUUCUGGAGGCUACAGAUAAAGGAAUCAGGCGGAGGCUAUUCUCCACCGAUAAUGAAGUCUAUUGAUCCUAUUCUCCACGGAUGAUAAGUCCGUUAAAUAUCGAUUUCGGCCAAUUUAUUUUCGGAGGGCAUUUUUGUAAUUUCUUGGGCGACGAAAGGCCAUUUUCUUUGGAUAUUGAAGGCUACAGAUCACGGAUUCGGCCUGAGGCUAUUCUCCAACGAUGAUUGAGUCCAUUAAGCACCGAUUUGGGCGGAUUUAUUCCGGGUCAAUUUUUGGCAGAUUCCAAAGGGGUACCAUCACAGAUUUCGGGCGAUUUAUCCGAAAUGCCAUUUUCUUUCGAUUCUGGAGGCUACAGAUCACGGAAUCAGGCGGAGGCUAUUCUCCACCGAUAAUGAAGUCUAUUGAUCCUAUUCUCCACGGAUGAUAAGUCCGUUAAACAUCGAUUUCGGCCAAUUUAUUUUCGGAGGGCAUUUUUGUAAUUUCUUGGGCUACGAAAGGCCAUUUUCUUUGGAUAUUGAAGGCUACAGAUCACGGAUUCGGCCUGAGGCUAUUCUCCAACGAUGAUUGAGUCCAUUAAGCACCGAUUUGGGCGGAUUUAUUCCGGGUCAAUUUUUGGCAGAUUCCAAAGGGGUACCAUCACAGAUUUCGGGCGAUUUAUCCGAAAUGCCAUUUUCUUUCGAUUCUGGAGGCUACAGAUCACGGAAUCAGGCGGAGGCUAUUCUCCACUGAUAAUGAAGUCUAUUGAUCCUAUUCUCCACGGAUGAUAAGUCCGUUAAGCAUCGAUUUGGGCCAAUUAAUUUUCGGAUGGCAUUUUCAUAAUUUCUUGGGCGACGAAAAGACAUUUUCUUUGGAUAUUGAAGGCUACAGAUCACGGAUUCGGCCUGAGGCUAUUCUCCAACGAUGAUUGAGUCCAUUAAGCACCGAUUUGGGCGGAUUUAUUCCGCGUCAAUUUUUGGCAGAUUCCCAAGUGGUACCAUCACAGAAUUCGGGCGAUUUAUCCUAAAUGCCAUUUUCUUUCGAUUCUGUAGGUUACAGAUCACGGAAUCAGGCGGAGGCUAUUCUCCAACGAUAAUGAAGUCUAUUGAUCCUAUUCUCCACGGAUGAUAAGUCCGUUAAGCAUCGAUUUGGGCCAAUUUAUUUUCGGAUGGCACUUUCGUAACUUCUUGGCGACGAAAGGCCAUUUUCUAUGGAUAUUGAAGGCAACAGAUCACGGAUUCGGCCUGAGGCUAUUCUCCAACGAUGAUUGAGUUCAUUAAGCACCGAUUUAGGCGGAUUUAUUCCGGGUCAAUUUUUGGCAGAUUCCAAAGGGGUACCAUCACAGAAUUCGGGCGAUUUAUCCGAAAUGCCAUUUUCUUUCGAUUCUGGAGGCUACUGAUCACGGAAUCAGGCGGAGGCUAUUCUCCACCGAUAAUGAAGUCUAUUGAUCCUAUUCUCCACGGUUGAUAAGUCCGUUAAACAUCGAUUUGGGCCAAUUUAUUUUCGGAGGGCAUUUUUGUAACUUCUUGGGCGACGAAAGGCCAUUUUCUUUGGAUAUUGAAGGCUACAGAUCACGGAUUCGGCCUGAGGCUAUUCUCCAACGAUGAUUGAGUCCAUUAAGCAACGAUUUGGGUUGAUUUAUUCCAGGUCAAUUUUUGGCAGAUUCCAAAGGGGUACCAUCACAGAUUUCGGGCGAUUUAUCCGAAAUGCCAUUUUCUUUCGAUUCUGGAGGCUACAGAUCACGGAAUCAGGCGGAGGCUAUUCUCCACCGAUAAUGAAGUCUAUUGAUCCUAUUCUCCACGGAUGAUAAGUCCGUUAAGCAUCGAUUUGUGCCAAUUAAUUUUCGGAUGGCAUUUUCGUAAUUUCUUGGGCGACGAAAGGCCAUUUUCUAUGGAUAUUGAAGGCAACAGAUCACGGAUUCGGCCUGAGGCUAUUCUCUAACGAUGAUUGAGUCCAUUAAGCACCGAUUUAGGCGGAUUUAUUCCGGGUCAAUUUUAGUCAGAUUCCAAAGGGGGUACCAUCACAGAUUUCGGGCGAUUUAUCCGAAAUGCCAUUUUCUUUCGAUUCUGGAGGCUACAGAUCACGGAAUCAGGCGGAGGCUAUUCUCCACCGAUAAUGAAGUCUAUUGAUCCUAUUCUCCACGGAUGAUAAGUCCGUUAAGCAUCGAUUUGGGCCAAUUUAUUUUCGGAUUGCAUUUUCAUAAUUUCUUGGGCGACGAAAGGCUAUUUUCUUUGGAUAUUGAAGGCUACAGAUCUCGGAUUGGGCCUGAGGCUAUUCUACAACGAUGAUUGAGUCCAUUAAGCACCGAUUUGGGCGAAUUUAUUCCGGGUCAAUUUUUGGCAGAUUCCCAAGGGGAACCAUCACAGAAUUCGGGCGAUUUAUCCGAAAUUCCAUUUUCUUUCAAUUCUGGAGGCUACUGAUCACGGAAUCAGGCGGAGGCUAUUCUCCACCGAUAAUGAAGUCUAUUGAUCCUAUUCCCCACGGAUGAUAAGUCCGUUAAGCAUCGAUUUGGGCCAAUUUAUUUUCGGAUGGCAUUUUCGUAAUUUCUUGGGCGACGAAAGGCCAUUUUCUAUGGAUAUUCAAGGCAACAGAUCACGGAUUCGGCCUGAGGCUAUUCUCCAACGAUGAUUGAGUCCAUUAAGCACCGAUUUGGGCGGAUUUAUUCUGGGUCAAUUUUUGGCAGAUUCCAAAGGGGUACCAUCAUAGAUUUCGGGCGAUUUAUCCGAAAUGCCAUUUUCUUUCGAUUCUGGAGGUUACAGAUCACGGAAUCUGGCAGAGGCUAUUCUCCACCUAUAAUGAUAGUCUAUUGAUCCUAUUCUCCACGGAUGAUAAGUCCGUUAAGCAUCGAUUUGGGCCAAUUUAUUUUCGGAUGGCAUUUUCGUAAUUUCUUGGGCGACGAAAAGCCAUUUUCUUUGGAUAUUGAAGGCUACAGAUCACGGAUUCGGCCUGAGGCUAUUCUCCAACGAUGAUUGAGUCCAUUAAGCUCCGAUUUGGGCGGAUUUAUUCCGGUUCAAUUUUUGGCAGAUUCCAAAGGGAUACCAUCACAGAUUUCGGGCGAUUUAUCCGAAAUGCCAUUUUCUUUCGAUUCUGGAGGAUACAGAUCAAGGAAUCAGGCGGAGGCUAUUCUCCACCGAUAAUGAAGUCUAUUGAUCCUAUUCUCCACGGAUGAUAAGUCCGUUAAGCAUCGAUUUGUGCCAAUUUAUUUUCGGAUGGCAUUUUCGUAAUUUCUUGGGCGACGAAAGGCCAUUUUCUUUGGAUAUUGAAGGCUACAGAUCACGGAUUCGGCCUGAGGCUAUUCUCCAACGAUGAUUGAGUCCAUUAAGCACCGAUUUGGGUUGAUUUAUUCGAGGUCAAUUUUUGGCAGAUUCCAAAGGGGUACCAUCACAGAUUUCGGGCGAUUUAUCCGAAAUGCCAUUUUCUUUCGAUUCUGGAGGCUACAGAUCACGGAAUCAGGCGGAGGCUAUUCUCCACCGAUAAUGAAGUCUAUUGAUCCUAUUCUCCACGGAUGAUAAGUCCGUUAAGCAUCGAUUUGUGCCAAUUUAUUUUCGGAUGGCAUUUUCGUAAUUUCUUGGGCGACGAAAGGCCAUUUUCUAUGGAUAUUGAAGGCAACAGAUCACGGAUUCGGCCUGAGGCUAUUCUCUAACGAUGAUUGAGUCCAUUAAGCACCGAUUUAGGCGGAUUUAUUCCGUGUCAAUUUUAGUCAGAUUCCAAAGGGGGUACCAUCACAGAUUUCGGGCGAUUUAUCCGAAAUGCCAUUUUCUUUCGAUUCUGGAGGCUAGAGAUCACGGAAUCAGGCGGAGGCUAUUCUCCACCGAUAAUGAAGUCUAUUGAUCCUAUUCUCCACGGAUGAUAAGUCCGUUAAGCAUCGAUUUGGGCCAAUUUAUUUUCGGAUGGCAUUUUCAUAAUUUCUUGGGCGACGAAAGGCCAUUUUCUUUGGAUAUUGAAGGCUACAGAUCUCGGAUUGGGCCUGAGGCUAUUCUACAACGAUGAUUGAGUCCAUUAAGCACCGAUUUGGGCGAAUUUAUUCCGGGUCAAUUUUUGGCAGAUUCCCAAGGGGAACCAUCACAGAAUUCGGGCGAUUUAUCCGAAAUGCCAUUUUCUUUCAAUUCUGGAGGCUACUGAUCACGGAAUCAGGCGGAGGCUAUUCUCCACCGAUAAUGAAGUCUAUUGAUCCUAUUCCCCACGGAUGAUAAGUCCGUUAAGCAUCGAUUUGGGCCAAUUUAUUUUCGGAUGGCAUUUUCGUAAUUUCUUGGGCGACGAAAGGCCAUUUUCUAUGGAUAUUCAAGGCAACAGAUCACGGAUUCGGCCUGAGGCUAUUCUCCAACGAUGAUUGAGUCCAUUAAGCACCGAUUUGGGCGGAUUUAUUCUGGGUCAAUUUUUGGCAGAUUCCAAAGGGGUACCAUCAUAGAUUUCGGGCGAUUUAUCCGAAAUGCCAUUUUCUUUCGAUUCUGGAGGUUACAGAUCACGGAAUCUGGCAGAGGCUAUUCUCCACCUAUAAUGAUAGUCUAUUGAUCCUAUUCUCCACGGAUGAUAAGUCCGUUAAGCAUCGAUUUGGGCCAAUUUAUUUUCGGAUGGCAUUUUCGUAAUUUCUUGGGCGACGAAAAGCCAUUUUCUUUGGAUAUUGAAGGCUACAGAUCACGGAUUCGGCCUGAGGCUAUUCUCCAACGAUGAUUGAGUCCAUUAAGCUCCGAUUUGGGCGGAUUUAUUCCGGUUCAAUUUUUGGCAGAUUCCAAAGGGAUACCAUCACAGAUUUCGGGCGAUUUAUCCGAAAUGCCAUUUUCUUUCGAUUCUGGAGGCUACAGAUCAAGGAAUCAGGCGGAGGCUAUUCUCCACCGAUAAUGAAGUCUAUUGAUCCUAUUCUCCACGGAUGAUAAGUUCGUUAAACAUCGAUUUCGGCCAAUUUAUUUUCGGAGGGCAUUUUUGUAAUUUCUUGGGCGACGAAAGGCCAUUUUCUUUGGAUAUUGAAGGCUACAGAUCACGGAUUCGGCCUGAGGCUAUUCUCUAACGAUGAUUGAGUCCAUUAAGCACCGAUUUGGGCGGAUUUAUUCCGGGUCAAUUUUUGGCAGAUUCUAAAGGGGUACCAUCACAGAUUUCGGGCGAUUUAUCCGAAAUGCCAUUUUCUUUCGAUUCUGGAGGCUACAGAUCACGGAAUCAGACGGAGGCUAUUCUCCACCGAUAAUGAAGUCUAUUGAUCCUAUUCUCCACGGAUGAUAAGUCUGUUAAGCAUCGAUUUGGGCCAAUUUAUUUUCGGAUGGCAUUUUCGUAAUUUCUUGUGCGACGAAAGGCCAUUUUCUUUGGAUAUUGAAGGCUACAGAUCACGGAUCCGGCCUGAGGCUAUUCUCCAACGAUGAUUGAGACCAUUAAGCACCGAUUUGGGCUGAUUUAUUCCAGGUCAAUUUUUGGCAGAUACCAAAGGGGUACCAUAAUAGAUUUCGGGUGAUUUAUCCGAAAUGCCAUUUUCUUUUGAUUCUGGAGGCUACAGAUCACGGAAUCAGGCAGAGGCUAUUCUCCAACGAUAAUGAAGUCUAUUGAUCCUAUUCUCCACGGAUGAUAAGUCCGUUAAGCAUCGAUUUGGGCCAAUUUAUUUUCGGAGGGCAUUUUUGUAAUUUCUUGGGCGACGAAAGGCCAUUUUCUUUGGAUAUUGAAGGCUACAGAUCACGGAUUCGGCCUGAGGCUAUUCUCCAACGAUGAUUGAGUCCAUUAAGCACCGAUUUGGGUUGAUUUAUUCCAGGUCAAUUUUUGGCAGAUUCCAAAGGGGUACCAUCACAGAUUUCGGGCGAUUUAUCCGAAAUGCCAUUUUCUUUCGAUUCUGGAGGCUACAGAUCACGGAAUCAGGCGGAGGCUAUUCUCCACCGAUAAUGAAGUCAAUUGAUCCUAUUCUCCACGGAUGAUAAGUCCGUUAAGCAUCGAUUUGUGCCAAUUUAUUUUCGGAUGGCAUUUUCGUAAUUUCUUGGGCGACGAAAGGCCAUUUUCUAUGGAUAUUGAAGGCAACAGAUGACGGAUUCGGCCUGAGGCUAUUCUCUAACGAUGAUUGAGUCCAUUAAGCACCGAUUAGGCGGAUUUAUUCCGGGUCAAUUUUAGUCAGAUUCCAAAGGGGGUACCAUCACAGAUUUCGGGCGAUUUAUCCGAAAUGCCAUUUUCUUUCGAUUCUGGAGGCUACAGAUCACGGAAUCAGGCGGAGGCUAUUCUCCACCGAUAAUGAAGUCUAUUGAUCCUAUUCUCCACGGAUGAUAAGUCCGUUAAGCAUCGAUUUGGGCCAAUUUAAUUUCGGAUGGCAUUUUCAUAAUUUCUUGGGCGACGAAAGGCCAUUUUCUUUGGAUAUUGAAGGCUACAGAUCUCGGAUUGGGCCUGAGGCUAUUCUACAACGAUGAUUGAGUCCAUUAAGCACCGAUUUGGGCGAAUUUAUUCCGGGUCAAUUUUUGGCAGAUUCCCAAGGGGAACCAUCACAGAAUUCGGGCGAUUUAUCCGAAAUGCCAUUUUCUUUCAAUUCUGGAGGCUACUGAUCACGGAAUCAGGCGGAGGCUAUUCUCCACCGAUAAUGAAGUCUAUUGAUCCUAUUCCCCACGGAUGAUAAGUCCGUUAAGCAUCGAUUUGGGCCAAUUUAUUUUCGGAUGGCAUUUUCGUAAUUUCUUGGGCGACGAAAGGCCAUUUUCUAUGGAUAUUGGAGGCUACUGAUCACGGAAUCAGGCGGAGGCUAUUCUCCACCGAUAAUGAAGUCUAUUGAUCCUA